AUGGUUACCGACUUUGCUGCCACAAGCGACCUAUUUCUCUUACACGACCGUCUUUGCAUUGUUGUAGAAGAUUCACCUCGCACGCAGCACACGUCAGGUGACUCCGACCUGACCGCUGACAUCAAAUACAAAGACGGGCACCACCGACAAAUGGCCACGCUCGAGAGGCCAAAGGAUAUUCAACCCCUUCGGUCGAGCGAUUGCGAGAAGCGGGCGCACGCUUGCGUCAGGAGAACGCAUCUCAGGCCGGGUUUACGAGACACCUUGACGAGAGGGCUGAAGGCAGGACGAUCUGAAGGCAGUCGAAUGGUCAGCCGCGGUGACGGCCAGACUCGGGGUGAUCUAUCGCCGAAGGGCCUGGGUCUGUACUGGAAGAAAUUGUGGAAGCUCCUGGCAAACCGGAUCCCUCCACUCGGGGCCUUCAUAAUCAGCGUGGCUAGCCCAAAUCCAACGUCAAACUACGCAUAG